GCGAACGACUGACAAAUAUACAUUAGUGUGUCUUCAUAACUUAAGCAUGAUUAGAAUGAACCGCUUAACUAACACGAACUACGUAAUUAUGGGGUUCAUCAUUCACAGACACUACUCAACAUCGAAGCAUUUCUAUAUAACUUUAUAAUAUUGAUCAGUCAGUGUUUGACAGAGGCACCUGUCCUCUCUCUCUCUGUUUGAUUACAUUUACGUUAGUUUCAUAUUUUUUUUAUGAAUUUCUAGCCGCGAUGGAUUACCUGCUGCAGGUAAAAGUAGGAGCUUUGGUUGGGCUGCUGGUCCUAACUUUGAUUUUUGGUUUCAUCCCAGCGCGGAUGAGAUGGUUUCAAGCCUCUAGUGGAACAGAAUCCCACAAGGCCGUGCUGAGUUUUGUGGGCUGCUUUGCGGGUGGCGUCUUCCUGUCCGCCUGCUUGUUAGACAUCAUCCCAAACUACCUCUCCGACAUACACGAAGAGCUAAAAAAACAAGGCCUUGAUGGUGGCUUCCCGCUAGCAGAGUUCAUCAUGGCGUGUGGCUUCUUCACAGUCUUGAUCUUAGAAAAAACAGUCCUGAGCUGCACAGAGGGCCACGGAGAUGAGGAGACGGCUCCUCUUUUAGCUCCCGCGGGUCAUGGACAUCAUUCGCUGAACAGUCUGGAGGGGAGCGGUCACCACACCCACAUGGAUCUUAACUCGCACUCGUCCUUUCGCUCCUUCGUGCUCUUUCUGUCUCUUUCUCUCCACUCUGUGUUUGAGGGUUUGGCCAUUGGCUUGCAGACCACGGAAACUAAGGUCCUGGAGAUCUGCAUCGCUAUCCUGGUCCACAAGAGCAUCAUUGUGUUCAGUCUGUCAGUGAAGCUGGUUCAGAGCGAGGUCAGGCCCAUGUGGGUGGCCAUCUACGUGGCCUUCUUCGCUGUGAUGUCUCCUCUCGGCAUUGGCAUCGGCAUCACAGUGAUCGAGUCGAAGCUAAAGGCUGGCACUUUCAUCCAGGCGGUGCUGGAGGGGCUAGCGGCCGGGACGUUUGUCUACAUCACCUUCCUAGAGAUCCUUCCCCAUGAGCUGAACUCCCCUGAGCGGCCUCUACUCAAAGUUUUCUUCCUCCUGUUCGGUUUUUCAGUAAUGGUUGGUCUGAGUUUCCUGGGCUGAAAAAAAAAGUUGUUUUUUCUUGUGUUAUGUCCAGAAAACUGCUGCCUUGAGGAAAUCACGCUCUGUGAGACUUCACAAACUGCACGUGAUUUCAAGCAGACGAAAAGCUUGUUUUUUUAGAGGAACUGUUUUUUAUACAAGCACCAAGAAGCUUAUUUUUUUAAAAGCUCACAAGAUCAUUUAUCCAUUUUAAAUGACUUUCAUAAAGGGAAAAAAAUGUAAAUUUUGCUGACCAAACUUCAGCUUUGAGGAACAUAACGUCUGACACGCAAGUGGAAACUUAAACAAAUAUUUUUUACUUGAACUAGUUUUAGCUUUUUUUAAACUAGACACAUCAGCAUAAUGGUUUGCAUGCCACUUCAGUGUUUCCUGUUUGACUUGCAUAACACUAUCCAUGAUUCAUUUUUAUACAUUAUGAACAUUGCAAUAUUUCUUCAUUUUACAUACACUCAUUUAGUAUUGGUUGUUCCCCUUUACAUGCCAUAUUUCCUUUUAGUUUAGGAAAAUUCAAUGGGCAGCCAAAUGUUUGUACUGAACAGUGUGGACACAUGGUUAUAUGUGACCCUGGAGCACAAAACCGGCCUUAAGUCGCUGGGGUAUAUUUUUAGCAAACAUUGUAUGGGUGAAAAUUAUCGAUUUUUCUUUUAGGCCAAAAAUCAUUGGGUUAUUAAGGAAAGAUCACGUUCCAUGAAGAUAUUUUGUACAUUUCCUACUGUAAAUAUAUCAAAACUUUAUUUUGAUUAGUAAUCUGCAUGGCUAAGAAUUCAUUUGGACAACUUUAAUUUAAUUGUAUCUGGAAUUUGCGUGAACCAUACAUCAAUGGAAAGAUUAUUUAUUCAGCUUUCAGAUGAUGUAUAAAUCUCAAUUUCGAAAAACUGACCCUUAAGACUUAAGGUUUUGUGGUCCAGGGUCACAUAUAAAACAUUUGAUGAGAUUUUGCAGUAAAAUGAGAAAAAAAAGGGUAACAUGCAUUGUGUUUAUGUUCCCUAUGUAUAUGUUCCAAAAUCAUAUUCAUAUAUGGUUAUGCAACAUAUUAAAGCAAUAUAAAUAUAUUUGCAUUUUUGAAACUAGUGAAAACGGCAUGCAGAUUUAGUGUUUCUGUGCUUAUAUUUGAUAGAAAACUAACAAAUGGCAUGUUACUGUUUCAAGAGCUUAAAGGCCUUCACUAAACACUAGCACUAAAUCCUCUAGAAGUUAAUGUUGAAGUAUAUUAGGUGACGUUACUGGCUUUCAUUUAGUUUGCUUUCUGUUUUAACAUGCUCUGUCUGGGGUAGUAAAAAGAUCUGAAACAGGGUUUAAACUUGCAAUACCACAUUUAGCUUCUUGAUGUCAGAUUUCUACACAGAAUGUAGAUAUUGACUGUUUGAAAUUGCAUGCUACUAUUACUGUUUUUGCAGCAUACAAUCAGAGCACUCUGCUUGAGAAACUUUAUCCCAGAAUGCAUUGUGCUCAGUCGUCUUUGUUAUGCACUAAUAAUAUUACUAUCUCUCUAGGGUCACUAUUUAAUCAAACUGCCCAAAAUCAAAGCAUUUAUACACAAAACUGGAAUAGAAAUGCAAUUUUAUAUUCCAGAUGAUAACUGGACACCACUUAUUGAAUUAUACAGGCAAUGUAAUAAUGUCAUCUCACUGUUUGCAGGAUAAUAAGAAAUGAGUAUGACUGCAUAAUGCAUACUGGGAAUAGAGAAUGGGAAUGAGAAUAACAAACAGUGUUGAUUAGGAGAUUUUUGAUGAUCUUUAUUUUGUAUCUUGUUUUUUUUUAAUAUAUGGUCUAUUAUUAUCUGGAUAUUAUCUGGAAACAGGACUAGUAGUAUGCAAUUUCAAACAGUUUAUAUUUAAUUUUCUCAUUUAAUUUUUCUCAUGCUGCUUUUCUUUAGUUGUUUGAUAGAUUGUAUCUUAAAAUUCAUAAGACAAGGAAGCGGCAUUAUUAUUGUUAACCAAAAAUAAAAAUAAGACCAUUAAAAAAAAUUGACAGUUGAUAUAAAUGUUAACUAACUGAAAAUGUUAACUUGUAAUAAAACUAAUGAUUUUUUAUUUAAAAA